UAAGCAUUGGUAGCCGAGCCCGCCUUGGUCUUUGUUGAGCUCUCCAAAGAAGAAGAGGAGCAGAGAUGAAGUGGUGUGCCAAGGCCAUCCACGGGCGGCGCCUACUCCUCGUCGUCUUCCUCCUCGUGGGAAGGGCAAGGGCUGCUGCCGCCGGGGCCCUGGUUCCUGCUAUGUUCAUAUUCGGGGAUUCCCUGGUGGAUGUGGGGAACAACAACUAUUUGCUCACCCUCGCCAAAGCCAAUGUUGCACCCUAUGGCAUCGAUUCACCUUGGGGUGCCACCGGCCGCUUCUGCAACGGCAAGACGGUGCUGGAUGUUGUGUGCGAGCUCAUUGGAUUGCCAUACGUGCCUGCGUUUCUGGACCCAAGCACCAAGAACGCCCGCAUCCUCAAGGGUGUCAACUAUGCCUCUGGUGCCGGCGGCAUUCUGGACGAAAGCGGCAAGAACUAUAUUGAGCGGAUAUCAAUGUCGCAGCAGCUGCACUACUUCCAGCAGACGCUGUCGGGCCUCGUCCAGCAGCUGGGCAGUAGCGGCUGCCAGCAGCUCCUCUCCGAUUCACUCUUCGCCAUCGUCAUUGGAAACAACGACUACAUCAACAACUACUUGCUGCCGGACUCGGCCACCAGGUUCCGCUACAGCGAGCGCCAGUUCCAGGACCUGCUCCUGGCUGCCUACGCCCAGCACCUGACGGAGCUGUACCGCCUGGGGGCGCGGAGGAUGGUGGUGGCAUCGCUGGGCCCGCUGGGCUGCAUCCCGUCGCAGCUGGCGCAGAAGAGCAGCGACGGGGCGUGCGUGGAUAGCGUCAACCAGCUCAUGCUCGGCUUCAACCUCGGCCUGCAGGACAUGCUGGCGUCGCUCCACUCGCUGCUCCCAGGCGCCCGCAUUGUGUACGCCGACACCUACACACCCGUUGCCGCCAUGGUUGCCACGCCUGGCGCCUACGGCAUGGAGAGUGUCAACCGCGGGUGCUGCGGGGGUGGGAGAUUCAACGGCCAGCUGCCCUGCUUCCCCAGGCCAAUCUCCAACAUGUGCUCCAACAGAAGCAACCACCUCUUCUGGGACCCUUUCCACCCCACCGACGCCGCCAACGUCAUCCUCGGCCACAGGCUCUUCCAGGCCCUCAAGUCCUCCUUCGGCAUCGGGUCGGGGGAUUGAUUGUUUUCCUUGAGCUCUGUCAAACUUGAUCUUGACAUUUCCCAUUGUUAAAUGAACUGACUUACUACUUAGGGCA